AUGCCCGACUUUCUUGAGAUACCACCCGGCUCCUUUCGUACAGGCGGCUACCAGACACCGCGGCGAUGCGCUUCAGGAACGAGCUACACCAGCUGGAUCUCCUCGCUCGCCCAUCCCUCCGCGCCAGAUACGCCCGUCCCCGUCCCGUUCGACCUGGGCACACCCGACUCCGACUCAAGCGCGGGGACGAUCAAGCUGAGCCACGCGCCGCCACACCUCGACGAGCGCGAUCCCGAGACGGCGAGCAGCGAGACGGAGGUGAUGACGGAGGGCUCGGAGAAGGAGGACGCCGAGACGAGCGCGUACGGCUUCAAGAUGAGCACGGUCGAGGAGGUGUCCGAGCGCCCCACGUCGCCGCCGGCGCCGUCAGGCGCGCUGCGCGGCAAGGCGCGGAGCCUCGUCGGCGGGCUCGUGAGCAGCAUCCGAAGCCUCCCGCGCGCGGUGACGCACAGCCAGGUAUACGACCGGCGCAGCGGCGCGACGACGACCGCAACGUCAUCGUACGGCGUCACGAGCCCCGCGACGACGGUCACGAGCAUGCCCGGCGACGCGCACGACGGCACGCUGUUGCUCGGCGGGCCUAACAAGUUCGCGCCCGCGCCGUACCCGUUGCCGUUCCUCUUCGCGCCGCCGUACGCACAUCCCCACCAACACCAACACCACCAUCCUCUGCACGCGCACCAAAUGCACGACGUGCACUCGCCGCUCAGCGGAGGGAGCCACGCGCGGACGUCGAAGCUCGAGACGUUGUCCGACGUGUCGUACGGCGACGGCGCCGGCGCUGCGGUGCCGGGAACGCCGCGGGGGCAGCGGCUCGGCGGGCUCGUGCGCGAGCUGACGGCACUGCCGUGGAUCUCGACGCGCGUCGCAGUCGACUACUUCCCGGGGGAGAGCCGCGCGCGGCGGGGCGGAGGCGCGGGAGGCGCGCUCGGGGGCGGGCCGGCAAAGACGUCGAGCUCGUGGUACACGCUGACGGCGCCGGCGACGCCGUCUGAUAUCUCGCAACCGGGGCGGCUCGUGCCCGAACCGUGGUUCCCGCCGGCGCGGCUGAGCCCUGCGCUCGAGGUGCCUGGCGAGGAGGACGAAGAGGGCGGCGCGGCAGAGGAAGGCGGGUCCGGCGCCGGGGGCGCCGCCGAGACGCGCGCCGAGAAGCUGCGCGAGGAGCUCCGGGAGAAGACGCAGCAGCUGACGGACCUCCGGCAGGUCGUCGAGCACCAGAAGGUGCACAUCGGGGAGCUCGAGCGUGAGCUCAAGCAGCUGCGCAGGGAGAAGGAAGACAGCUUGCAACGGCGCAAGAGCAGCAUGCGCCAGAGCAUGCGCCAGAGCAGCAUCCGGGCGUCGAUGCGCAGGACGUCCGUCCGAGUCUCGAGGCCUGUGUCUGCCUUCGGUGACUGA